CUGCUGCUGAGCCCGCCGAGAUGGUUGUCCUCCUCCUCCUCCCCUUCCUGCUGUACGUGGCUGCGCCCCAAAUCAGGAAAAUGCUGUCCAGUUGGGUAUGCACAUCAACUGUCCAGCUUCCUGGGAAGGUAGCCGUGGUCACUGGAGCUAACACAGGCAUCGGGAAGGAGACAGCCAAAGAGCUGGCUCAAAGAGGAGCUUGUGUAUAUUUGGCAUGCCGAAAUUUGCAAAAGGGGGAGUUGGUGGCCAGAGAGAUCCAGACCAUGACAGGGAAUCAGCAGGUGUUGGUGCGGAAACUGGACCUGUCUGAUACUAAAUCUAUUCGAACCUUUGCUAAGGAUUUCUUAGCAGAGGAAAAGCACCUCCACAUUUUGAUCAACAAUGGAGGAGGGAUGAUGUGUCCUUACUCUAAGACAGCAGAUGGUUUUGAAAUGCACAUGGGAGUCAAUCACCUGGGUCACUUCCUCCUGACCCAUCUGCUGCUAGGGAAACUAAAGGAAUCAGCCCCAUCAAGAAUAGUAAAUGUAUCUUCCUUAGCACAUCACCUGGGAAGGAUCCACUUUCAUAACCUGCAGGGUGAGAAAUUCUACAACUCUGGUCUGGCCUACUGUCAUAGCAAGCUAGCCAACAUUCUCUUCACCAAGGAACUGGCCCGAAGGCUAAAAGGCUCCGGCGUUACGACUUACUCUGUACACCCUGGCACAGUCAAAUCUGAACUGACUCGGCACUCAUCUUUCAUGAAAUGGGUGUGGCAGCUUUUCUCCUUCUUCAUCAAGACUCCUCACCAGGGAGCCCAGACCAGUCUGCACUGUGCCUUAACAGAAGGUCUUGAGACUCUAAGUGGGAAUCAUUUCAGUGACUGCCAUGUGGCAUGGGUCUCCGCGCAGGCUCGUAAUGAGACGAUAGCAAGGCGGCUGUGGGAUGUCAGUUGUGAUCUCCUUGGCCUUCCAGUAGAUUGACAGGCAGUGGCAGUAGAACUCAGAAGAAGACUAAAGCAGACUACACGGUAUUUCCUAACAAAAGAUUCUCCUCCAUGUUGGCCAAAACCUUAAACAAAAGAAAAGAAGACCUUCCAGUCUUGCCUGUGUGGUUGCAUUUGAAACUCAGUUACGCUGCUAGUUUCAUCUGAUUCCCUUUAGUUUGUCCAGAUUUCCUUUGCUCUUGUUGCUUCCAGAGUUACCAGAGAUGUCAUCAAAGGAUAAGAAGACCCUCAUCUGACCUACGUAACCCUAUUUUCCUUCGAAACCUAUUACUUCCUAGGGGAAUAUAAGCUAUGGCAGGGUUUAUUUGUGGGAAUUUGGAAUAGUUUCUACCCUGUUUGUUCACAAUAUAGUUCUUGCCAACCAACAAAUCUUCACUUCAAGAGAGCAACACUACAACCUCAGCCAAACUCUGUGAAUCACAGUGGCUUGGCCUAAGGGCAGUGCUUAUUCCCUACCUCUUUAACCUUCGUGCACCAACAUCUGGCUUCUUUCAGGAAAUUCUUAAUUGAAAUCGAUUAUAGCAAGGCCUUAUUUCUGACAGCCUAAAGCUUAAUAUCUCUUACAAACAGUUUCCCAGUCUAGACCAAAGAAGAGCUUCCUUUUCUAAGAAGGUGGUGAGGCUUAGGGGAUGGCAGAAAUAAAAAUGAAGUUCAAACUGUAAUUUUCCUGCUGUUUCUCAGGCUAGCAAACAGGUAAUGUAAGGAGCACUACCAGAAGAAGGACCACUUAACCCCAGUUACUGACCCCAGACCCAUGGAGACCUCAUGGGCUUUUUUUGUUUUUUUGAGAUAGUCUUACUUGGUCAACUCUUGGGAGUGCCGUGAUGUUAUAGCUCACAGCAACCUCAAACUCUUAGGGUCCAGCUCUUCUCUUGCCUCAGCCUCCCAAGUUGGUGGGACUACAAGCACCUGCCACAACACCCAGCUAUUUUUUAGAGAAGGGGUCUCACUGUUGCUUAGGCUGGUCUUGAACUUGUGAGCUCAGCAAUCCACCUGCCUCAGCCUCCCAGUGUGCUGGGAUUGCAGGUGUGAGCCACUGUACCCAGCCACGGCCUCUUGUUUUUGUGCCUUAGUUUCCCUUAGAAAAAUCAAAAGAGGAAAGGAAAGGCUUUGGGGUUAUUGUUAUUGUGUAUAUCUUUGUGUGUCUUCUUGUAUGUUUAUACACUUGGGAGUACUUUCACAAAAUUUAAAACAACCACAAAGUAACAGUGGCUAGACCCUAAGGCAGGCAAUCAGAGACGGAGUAAACCAGUGUCCUCCAGUCUUUGAUACAAAUGAGUACAGCUGCAAAGGGAAGCAGAUUCUGUCUGGGUGGGUAGUACCUGCUAUGAAGCACAUGAAUAGCCAGGAAGAAGUAAAAAAAGAAUCCUUGGAGAUAACGUGUGAAAUAAAGGAACUAGUUAAGGAUUUAAAAACCAGUAAUAAAUACCUCUAGAAGAAUUGAGGGUGAGCACCCAAGACUGAUGAGGUACUGUCUUAAACACCAAUCAA